AUGGAGGUGAUCAUGAUGCCCACGACAACAGCUCAGAGGACAGUCGAAGAACUGCGAACCAUUUUUGCCCAAUUCGGAUUGCCAGAAGAAGCUGUAACGGACAAUGGUCCCCGAUUCGUGUCCGAAGAAUUUCGUAACUUCAUGGAAGAGAAUGGCGUCAUCCACACGACAACACCGCCAUAUCACGCUGCUUCGAACGGACCUGCGGAGCGCGCGGUCCAAACGCUGAAGAAAUCUCUUCUAAAGCAGCUGGAAGAAGACAAAAGCGAUAACAAGAAAAGAAGCAUGCAGCUUAAACUUUCGAAUUUUCUGUUUCAGUAUCGCACGACACCUCAUGCAACGACCGAGAAGACGCCUGCUGAACUCUUCUUGGGACGGCUGCCCAGGACCCGUCUCUCUCUACUGAAGCCUGGCUACGACCAUGCACGUGCAAAGCAAAACCGGAUGAAAAUGUACGCAGAUAAACGACGCUCUCGCCCACGAACGUUCCAGGUUGGAAAUCUCAUCUGGGUUAAGAAUGUCAGGGGAGAGGAUGUUAAUUGGUCACCAGGAAAAGUGAUCAAAGUGAUCAGUGAGGUAACUUUCUUGGUACGUGUUCUCAGAAAGGUUCGCUUCGUGCACAGUGACCAUCUCAGGUCAAGGACUGGAGCUGUUGCAGGUUCGGACGACAGUUCCCAGCAGCAAUCGGCGGAGACUUCAGAAUCUUCCGACAACGAAUACUUUGACGUGCCAGAGACUUCGCGAAUACCCAGUGGGGACAGUUCUAGUGUCGAAAGUGUUCCCGACGAGGAACUUAGGCGAAGUAAAAGAGUGGCAAGGCCACCUGACAGGCUUACGUACGAAGCGCUUGGAGAACCUAUGUAA